AUGAACAGAAUAGUCUCUUCAUCAAAUGCGCAGAGCCUGGCGCUUAGACGCAUGGCAAAGCCAUCACUUGCAAGCCUUAGGGCUCCCCUAUGUGGUGGCUGCUGCGGAGUCCAGCACCGAACACUGCUCACACAAUCUUCUUCAACACCUCUCCAACGCAACAAUUCCUCCAACAACAGUCUUCUCAAGCGCAAUUCUCUUCUUAAAGCCAGUCCGAACAUGCUUGGAGCUUGCCGUUCGUAUGCCACUGGUGGUGGAAACAACCCUGGCAACUUUAACUUCCGCAUGAACCCGAACCAACAGGGUGCAGAAGCCGAAAAACCCGCACUGGAAGAGUUUGGUGUGGACCUAACACAAAUGGCACGCGAAGGUAAACUCGACGCCGUCAUUGGACGUGAUGAGGAAAUCCGUCGAACAAUCCAAAUUCUCUCCCGUCGUACAAAAAAUAACCCAGCACUCAUUGGUAACGCCGGUACUGGUAAAACCGCAAUCAUGGAGGGUCUCGCACAACGCAUUGUGCGCGGUGAAGUCCCCGAAUCUAUGAAGGAAAAGCGCGUUAUUGCACUUGACUUGGGAUCCCUUAUUUCUGGUGCUAAGUUCCGUGGUGACUUUGAGGAGCGCCUUAAGAAGGUCCUGAAGGAAGUCAACGAGGCAGAAGGCAAGGUCAUCCUCUUUGUCGACGAACUCCACAUUCUCCUGGGUCUUGGUAAGGCCGAGGGUGCUGUCGAUGCAUCUAACCUGCUCAAGCCCGCGCUGGCCCGCGGUCAGCUCCAGUGCUGUGGUGCUACCACCAUUGAUGAGUACCGCAAAUACAUUGAAAAGGACGCCGCGCUGGCCCGCCGCUUCCAAGCCGUCCUUGUAAAGGAGCCCACUGUUCCAGACACCAUUUCCAUUCUCCGAGGUCUUAAGGAACGUUACGAAGUCCACCAUGGUGUCCGUAUCACUGAUGCUGCUCUCGUUACCUCUGCUGUUUACUCAAACAGAUACAUUACUGACAGAUUUCUUCCAGACAAGGCCAUUGAUCUUGUUGAUGAAGCAUGCUCUGCCUUGCGUCUUCAACACGAAUCCAAGCCUGAUGUCAUCCAGCAGCUUGACCGUCAAAUCAUGACGAUCCAGAUUGAGCUCGAGUCACUUAAAAAGGAAACCGACCCCAUUUCUGUUGAGCGCCGUGAAAAGCUUGAAAAGGACCUCGAACUCAAGAAGGAAGAAGUCCAACGUCUUACUGAAGUCUGGGACAAGGAACGUGAGGGCAUUGAAAACAUCAAAAAGGCAAAGGUGGAUCUCGAGCAGGCCCGUCUUGAUUUGGAAAUCGCCCAAAGAACUGGUGACUUUGGCAAGGCCUCAGAACUCCAGUAUUCUACCAUCCCUGAGCUCAUCAGCAAAAUCCCCAAGGAAACUGCUCCCAAUGACGCUAAUGGCAACACUCUUCUCCACGACUCUGUCACUUCCGAAGACAUUGCCAACGUCGUUUCCCGCAUGACUGGUAUCCCCACUCAAUCGCUCAUGAAGGGUGAAAAGGACAAGCUUCUCUACAUGGAGGACUCGCUCAAGACCCGCGUUGUUGGUCAGGACGAAGCCAUCCACGCCAUUUCCGAUGCUGUCAGACUCCAGCGUGCCGGUCUUACAAGCGAAAAGCGACCCGUCGGUAGCUUUAUGUUUUUGGGUCCUACUGGUACUGGUAAGACAGAGCUCACCAAGGCACUUGCUGAGUUUUUGUUUGACGAUGAAGGCGCAGUGGUCCGCUUCGACAUGAGUGAGUUCCAAGAACGUCAUUCGGUCUCUCGUCUUAUUGGCUCACCCCCAGGUUACGUCGGUUAUGAGGAAUCUGGUGAGCUUACUGAGGCUGUUAAGCGCAAACCUUAUGCCGUUGUCUUAUUUGACGAGUUUGAAAAGGCUCAUCCUGAUGUUUCUAAGCUUCUUUUGCAAGUUCUUGACGAGGGUAAGCUUACAGAUUCCAAGGGCCAGAAGGUCGAUUUCCGCAAUACCAUUAUUGUCAUGACCUCCAACAUUGGUCAGGAGAUUUUGAUUGCUGAUGAGGAGGUUGACAAGAACGAGUCUGGCCAAGUGUCGGCUCAAACAAAGGAAAAGGUUCUCAACGUCAUGAAGCAAUAUUACCCACCUGAGUUUAUCAACCGUUUGGACGAUACUAUUGUCUUUAACCGUCUCUCCAAGCAGAGUCUACGCAAGAUUGUGGACAUUCGUCUCGAAGAAGUUCUCGAACGCUUGGCAUCACGCCGCAUCACCCUCGACGUUUCGCCCGAAUCUAAGCAGUGGCUCGCCGAUAAGGGUUACGACCCACGCUAUGGUGCUCGUCCUCUUAACCGUCUGAUCCAAAAGCAGGUCCUCAACCCACUAGCCAUGCACCUGAUCCAGGGUAAGGUUCGUGCUGGUGAGACCGUUGAGAUUGUGGUCGAUAAGGAUGACCACCUUCAAGUUCUUCCUAACCAUGAGGCUGGUCCCGAAUCAGAAGGUCCCGAGACCAUUGAUCACUCUGAGGAUUAA